UUUCUCUUGCGAUGGCUUUCGAGUUUAAUCUAGGAUGGCAGCGAGGGUUUAUAGAGCCAGUCUUAUCUGAUAUUAGGUAGUACCUCUCGUAAUUUCUCUCUGUUUAAUCUAAUUUAUUUUUCCCCCUCAUGCACCAACCCUCAUUGUUCUUCAAGCAAAAUUUUUUUGGGAAUGGCUAAUCUUCCCUUCAAAAGUUUGCACUUUCUCAUUCAAAAACGUUUUCUGAGCACAUCAGAAGCAGUUUUUACCUCUCCAUCUCCGCAUACAUCAUCGUUUACAGUUCAAUACCUCACGAAGUCAUGUGGGCUUCCCCUAGAAACCGCCAUCUCGGCCUCCCGAAAGCUCCAAAUCGAUGAAAAGAGCUCGAAAAAACACGAAUCGAUAGUCGUCUUUCUGAAAUCUCAUGGAUUCUCCGAUACCCAGAUCGGGAAACUCAUUACAAAGCGACCCAAUAUCCUCCAGUCUCGAUUAGAUAAAAACAUGAAGCCCAAAAUUCAGUAUCUCAUCAGUAAUGGCUUGGUGGGUUCGAUUCUCACGGAGAUCAUUGUAUCUAAUCCUGUAAUUUUGAGGAGAAACUUGAUUUCUCAUAUAAGACCAUCAUUUGAUUUUCUGAAGACGGUUAUUGAGAGCGAAGAGAAAGUUGUAGCGGCUGUCAGGCGCUCGUCGUGGCUCCUAACAUUCGAUCUAAAGACAACAAUGCGACCAAAUGUUGACUUUUUGAUAAGCGAGGGGGUGCCCAUGGGUAGAAUUUCCAAAAUGAUUGUGUCACAACCGAGAGUGAUAUUGCAGAAGGUCGAUAAAGUAGCAAGUGCUGUAAAAGCGGUAAAAGAAUUGGGUCUGGAACCGACGGCUCCCAUGUUUAUACAUGCUAUUCGAGCGAUGGUCUCUCUGAGUGAUUCGACUUGGAAGAGAAAAUUUGAACUGUUUAAGAGCUUGGGGUGGUCUGAAGAAGAAAUUAUUUCUGCUUUUAAGCGUGCCCCGCUUAUUCUGUCUUGUUCAGAGGAGAAAAUUAAGAAUGCUAUGAAUUUUUAUGUGAACACCAUGAAGUUGGAACCAGAGGUUAUAAUUGCCUACCCUAAGUUUCUGAUGUAUGCAAUUGACAAAAGAAUGCGUCCAAGGUAUAAUCUUUUGAAGUUUUUAGAGGUGAGAGGACUGCUUGAAUGGAACAAGAAGUUAGCCUGGGUGCUUUUGCAGCCGGAGAGGCUUUUCCUGGAGAAUUAUAAUGAUGCAGGAACCCUCGCAUAUUUGACACCGCGUCGCUUCGUGGCGACGACUUAGCCCACCUUCGCCCACUUUUUGCUACACCUGGGUGGUUCAAGUGCAACGCGUCGCUCGUAGGGGACGCCCCAGCAAAUAUUCGUGUGUCGCCCCUUCCAAAUGUCGGGUGGUUUCCUUUGCAUUCUUGUUUGAAAGGGAUGCUUUGAAAGGGGCAGCAUCAAGGUUCUACAGCCAUGGAGAAAUUUGAAGAGAUGAAGGCGAUGGGAGGAGAGAGGAGAUACCAAGGGGAAACUCACGUUCAAUUCAAUUCAAAUUCAUCAACAGCUAACUACAACAUGACUUUCACACACUAUUUAUAAGGAAGCCUCUUUACAUGAAAUUACACAUAAACCCCUAAAACUACAUUACAUUUCAAAUAUACCCCUACUUUACACAAAUACUACAAACAAGCCCCUAGAUACACAUAAUACUGUACUAAUUAAACUAAGUACAUAGUAAACUACUAAUUAAACCCAAAAAUUAUCAAUCCAAUUCUUCUUUAAGUAGUCUCCAACAUGGAUCUUCCCAAGGUCUUGCUUCUUGUCCCACAUCAAGUUGUCUCUUCCUGACUAUGGAAUUCCACAUUGCUGCAGCUUUUAGCAACUAGAGAAUUCUCCAGUUACAUGAGUUUA